AUGCAUUAUUUCUCUCCUUCAAGUCUUGCUCUUGUCAUCCGUGACUUCUCCUCCUCUCAUUGGAGUUCUGCCAACCUAAGCAUUGCUGCAGGUGGCUCACUUUUCUCGUACAUUGUAAUAAAUCUUCCCACAUUUCCUCCAUUUCCUUCUCCAGCCUUUCCACAUUGUAUUUUUCAAUUUGAGCAUCAUCUCCUUGUGUAGGAUCUCAACUUUGAUACCAAAUUAAGAGACAGAAGACAGAAGACAGAAGAUAAAGACAAGAAAUGAAGAUUAAUCAGAAUAAAACAUAGCUCGGGCUCCAAUGAAUCCUAAAGUGUUGUGGAUGUUCAAGAGCUCAUCUGCUCUCCCUCGGCGACAACUGCCCUCGAUUAACUUCCCGAUGCCCCUUUCCCUCUACGACUCAAGCGCUAGUACCUCUUUUCCUUAUGUAGGGGAAAAACAUAGCUACCCUUCAUAAAGUCCUCACUUGAAGAGAUUGUUUGGUUGUUUCAAGAAGGGGGACUAGGCCCUUUGGCUCCCUUUUCUAGGCCCAUUGUAAUUGGGCCCAAGAGGGGUCAAAUAGUUUCCUAUUGCUAAUGUUCAACUAUCAUCCCUUUUAUAUUUCCAUGUGUUUUUUGUCCAAUCCUAUUAUAAGCAGAACGAUUGAUGAAGUAUUCUUGGGCAGCUACAGCUGUAGCUGAGGGAGGGAGGGGACCUCACGAAUAUCCUCACAAACUCUAGGGUUCUUCAGGGCCCAGCUAUCUUUCCUACUAUUAAUUGUCAACCGUCAUCCCUUUUCGAUUUUCAUGUGUUUGUUGUCCACUCUUGUUUAUCACCAAGGUGAUCAGAUAUUAUAGGGAAGCUGCAGCUGUGGUGGGAUGGGAGAGCAGGGAACCUCUCUAAUUUCCCCACAAAUCUAGGUUUCUAUAUGGCCCAGCUGCAUUUCCUACUAUUAAUCUUCAACUAUCCCUUUUCUAGUUCCAUGUCUUUUUUUCACUCCUAUCCAGGACCAAGGUGUCCUACCAUUUGGUAUUAGAGCAUGACUUAGGACCCAUGGCCCCAAGGCCCAGCAACAACCAUGUAGACCACCUGAUAGAAGAGUUGAGAAAGAUUGCGGAAGAUAUUGUCAGCAAGCUAUAGAGGACUUUCCUGCAUUGGGACAAGACGGAGGAGUGUCAAAUAACAAGAGAACAAUGGGGUUUACCAGAGAGAAGAACUCUAUGGAAAAUGACAUCUCAAGUGCGAGGAAGCAAGGACAUGCAUAUGAAGAAGAAGAAGAAGAAAAGUCGAGAAAACUUAUCAACUGCAAGUCAAAAUAAAGAGAUUGUAAGGGAACCAUCUAGAAUUAUCAGCAAGGGUGAGACCAACUAGUUUCUCUGAUCUAGGUAGGAAUUAACAGAAACAAGAGGCACGAGUUUCUGAAAAGGAAGGAUUUUCGAACUCCCUCAUUUAUUUCUAAAUGAACUGAAGAUCAAGGAUGUGGCUGUUGGCCUAAAACUGAGGAAGAUUUCAAAGGUUACAUUUCAAAAUGACUUUGAGAAAUUUUCAAAAAGAUGUGGAUUAUGCUCCUUUAAUGUUCAUAUGGUCAUUCUUGAACCCUGAAUGCCACCUUUAAUGUUCUAAAUGAAACUUUAGUAGAUAAUGCAUGUAAAUGUGGAUCUACAGGAGUAUAUUUCCACACAAAGGUUUAUGAUGAGGAAAGUAACCCAUUAUAAAAUCAAAUUCAUCAAAUUCAAUGUUGAGGAAAAGAGGUAUUAGUUCUCAAGUCAUAGAGGAGAAGGGGACAUCAAGGAAGUCUACAAGGGGAGCUGUGGCUGAGCUGAGUGAGCAAGGGACUUCUAGAAUGUCCCCACCAACUCUAGGGUUCUUUGGGGGCCCAGCUACAUCUACUAUAAAUCUUCAACCAUCCCUUUCUUAUUUCCAUGUUUGUUGUCUGCUCUUAUCCAGGACUAGGGUCCUACCAGAGACAUGUAUUAUCUUAAAAGCCUUAACACUAUGUUGGACAUCUAAAUCAUGACGAAAGACUCUUCCAUUCAUUUCCUCAAUGGAGAAUUAGACUAGAUGAUUUAAGAUAUAGAGUUUGUGGCUUGGAUGUGCACAAGAGGUAAUGUGGUCCUCAAAUAAGAUUAUCUUCAAAAUUCUACUGUAAUAUUCUUUGAGAAUGUACAAAUAGACAAGACGAGGAGAUUUUUCUUUCACAUUUCAUUUUCAUAAUAUUGCAUUGUUAACAUUUUUAAUUGGACAUGUUGUCUUUUCUCAUCAAGAUCAUUUGAAACCAAGUCUAAGGGAGCAGAAGUGUACCGGGCAUUUGUUUCAGAAGGGUUGGACAGAUUUCCUGAGUAGGAAAAGUUAAGGAAAUAUCAAAGAAAGAAUGGCUCCAUCCUCGAUUCUCCCUCUGCCACUGCAGCUGCAUUAACUCACCACUGGGAUGCCAAAUGCCUGGAAUAUUUACAUACUCUCGUUCAGAAGUUUGGGAAUGCUGGUAUGAGCUGCCACCCAUUGUAUCCUAUUAUUUUAUGACAUUAGUAUGAUCAUGUUUGCCCAUUUUGUCUCUUGGUAUGUGCCUUUAUGCAGUUCCAUCUCGAUAGCCUUCGGACACGCUCAUCCGACUUCAGAUCAUUGACCUUCUUGAGGGACUUAGAGUCGCUCGGCACUUCAUGAAUGAGAUAAAGAAUAUUUUGGAUGAAGUACACAAGUAGAGUCUUAGUUGUUUAUUUUCAUCCUUUUGAACAAUCUCUAGUUAUUAAGAGGAUGGCUUAAGCUUGUCAUAGGCAAUGGCUGAAGAAUGACGAGGAAAUAACAUCGAGUAUGACCAUUUAUGCCAUGGCGUUUCGUCUGCUGAAGAUGCACGGAUAUGGAGUUUUGUCUGGUGUUCUUCCUCAAUCUGUAGCUGCUAUUGGCUCUGUUAUUCAGUUUUCCAUGGAUAAGAUCUUCAAUCACGUGGACACAAUUCUAGGUUCAAUGGAUCAAAUAGAUGAGGAGCAGUUCAGCCAUUCAUUGGAUGGAAAUCUAGAGGAUUCAAACACGGUUCUAGAGCUAUACAAGGCUUCUCAACUCAAAUUCCCGGAUGAAUGGUCCCUAAAGGAGCUGGGUAUCUGGACGAGAAAAUUUCUAGCAAAAGAACUGUCAAAAUAUGGAAAGGAUGAGAGGCUCGUAGAGGUUAGCAUCUGUGAUGACACAUGGGAUAUGAUGCUUAUAAAUAGCCAAUAACGUACGGAUGCAUAAUAAAUACUCCUUGCUAACACUGGUUUUAUUUUUGUUGAUAUUUCAUUGGCAAUGGUGCUAUUCUCUAAGGUGGAUCACGCACUAAAAAUCCAUGUUUUUUCCCGUUUACCACGUUUAGAACACAGAAGAAACAUUGCACAGUUCAAUGUUGAUCGCUUUCAGACCCUGGAAAUGUCUCAUGUGUAAGUUUCAAGGAGAUUAAGUAAUUUUCAGUUGUCUGGGAAAAUUCCCCCUGUUUUGAUGAAAUGGUUUCAUGAUCUCCAUGCUGAAGGUUGCAUCACAUUGAUGCUAAAGAGCUCCUAGCCUUUGUGAUUGAAGAGUUCAAUGGCUACCCAUACUCAUACCGCAAAGAACUGGAGCACCUUCAGAGGUGCAUGAAUUAGAUUUUUUUCCUCUGGUUUAAUGGAAGUCAGUCUUCUGUUAUGUUGACUUUUCUUUUCAAUAGAUGGGCAAAAGAAAACAGAUUGGAUCAACUAAAUCUUCGUCGACUGAUGCUGACAUCCUGUUAUUUUUCUGCCGCGGCAACGCUCUUUCCCUCUGAAAUGUCUGAUGCUCGUAUGUCAUUCGCUAAAAAUUCCGUGCUCGCCACUCUGGUUGACGACAUCUUUGAUAACGUAGGAUCCAAAGAGGAACUCGUCAAUCUCCUGCAGCUAGUUGAUCAGUAAAUAUUUCUCUCCUUAUACUGCUCCUACUUUCCUGUAGCUUUUAAAAGUAGUAAUCCCACAAUCUUGGCUUAUAGUCAUUUUAUAUAAAAACUCUUACCAGAUGGGAAGAAGAACACCAAGUAAAUUGCCGCUCUGAACAGGUCAAGAUCAUAUAUUCCGCAUUACAUGCCACCAUCAAUGAGAUUGGAGCAAAAGCAUCCGUCAUGCAGGGGCACGGCGUGCUGGCUCACAUAAUCAAUACUGUGAGUGGUAUCAUUUUCCUUCCUAAUUUCAGCCUCUGGUGUUCCUGAGUACUAAUUCUUGGCAUGACACUCACGAUAUGGGGGCAGUGGCGUGAUCUGUUGCGGUCUUUUAUGAAACAGGCAGAGUGGGCCGCAGAGAAAGCAGUACCCACAAUGGAGCAGUACCUGGGUAAUGGAUAUGUAUCCUAUGCCUUUGGGCCCAUCCUCCCCCCAGCGCUCUAUUUAUUGGUCUAGUGCUCCCCCCUGAUAUUAUUGGAGACCCAGAGUACCACAAGUUGUACCAAAUUUUGAGCACAUGUGGUCGUCUCCUCAAUGACAUUCAAGGGUCGGAAGUGAGUUCUUUUCCCCCAUAAGUUAUCUGUUUCAUUUAUGAUUUUAGUACGGUAGAUAUUGUUCAUUGCAAAAUUAGAGCUAAUAAUUUACACCGACAUUGGGGUUACGAUUGUUGAACAUAUUCACAAGGAAUGCAGAUGCAUUUGGGUUUCUGGCUUUAAUGUCUGUUCAUCUACACUUGCAUAAUCAAACUUGGUUGAGACAGAGACGAAUUCUGACCUGGGUUGACUUGUGAACCGAGUUAGAUUGAAGUGCAUUAGCCCAGAAGAUCAAAAUAAUGCGCAUUUACAGGCUUUCAGCGUUUGUGUUCCAUGGGGCUUCUGUUUGAAUCUAGAAUAUGUCAUCUGUUGAAGUUUUGAACACAGAAUCACCUACCUUUCUCUGAGUAGCUUAAAAAUUUGGCACAAUUUUAAUAAAGGGGGUAAAAAAUCUCGAUGACGGAGUGAGAAAUGUAUGUUCUGAUGGAGUUCUUAUACGUCAUAUAGGCUUCGACUUAAAAUAACUGAUCCAAUUACCUCUAGGUUCUGUUUUCAUUGAACGGUUGUUUUCUCUUAGUUGUUAUCCAACUUUUUGAUGGGUUCCACUGAUUUGUAUGUAAAACUCAUACCAAUCAACGAUCUCAUGAGUCAGUUAAUAUACCAGAAAAUUAUUACUGUUCAAGGUUUGAUUUUAAUUUUUAAUUGACGUAUUAAGUUUAGAUAAUUUGAAAAUAUUCGGAUCUAGCCUUUUCCAUGAAUUCAAUUGUUCUCUGAAUACAUCGGUCCUGGGGAAUACCUUGAUAAUCUCCGAUUUUUUCAUCAUGAGUUUUAGGUGAUUUCCCUAUGUAUUCAUUUUAUUCAUCUCGUGUGAAUCUUGUGAGAGCUAACAUAAUCACCACCAACAAUUCUUGCAGAGAGAAGAUAAGGAAGUGAAGCUUAACAGUGUCUCCUUGCUGGUCCUUGAAGGAGGUGGCUCCCUCUCAGUGGAUGGUGCAAAGGAAGAACUGAGGUCCCUGGUAGAAAGGAACAGAGAAGAGUUGCUGGAAUUGAUAUUGAUGAAAGAGGGGAGCAUAGUUCCCAGAGCUUGCAAGGAUAUAUUUUGGAAUAUGAGCGGGACUCUUCACCUGUUCUAUUUAGACAAUGAUGAGUUCUCUUCUCCCACCAUUCAGAUUACUGGUGCUGUGAAUUCACUCAUUCACGAUCCCAUUGAACUGGUUCACUGCUCGGGCAAUGCAAGAAGGGAAAGAGGAGGUCCUUAG